AAAACACUUACCCUUAUAACAUUUUUAGCACCUAGAUCAUAUGGAAUCAAAUGAGCCAUAACACUACUCGAUUAUAGAUACCAUAUUUUAGUACGCAUUGGAUAAACAUAUCUUGUUUUCAUUGUGAAUGAUGGCAGUCAACGAUAAAGCCAUUGUUGAACGUUGCAUUGAGGAGCAGGAUCUCAGCAGACUUUUAAAGCUUCCGGAUGUCUUGGAUGAUUUUUCAGAGGCCAGUUUAGUUAAAUCACUGCAGUGGAUACUAAGAGUUGAUGAGAAGUUGAUAGAUGAUGCAACAAAGGAAAUAACAUCUGCAGAAAUCAAAAAACGUUUGAGCUGGUCGGAUGAGAAUACUGAGGCUCCAUUUAGUGAUCGGAAAUGCUAUGUCAUAAAUCUAAUGCUUUGCCAGAAAUUCACCCCACAGUUUUUACAAGAAGAAGCCAGAUCCUUGUCUUUUGAUGCUGUCCUGACACUGACCAAAUACAUACAGUUUCUUCUUUGUUGGCUACCAGUGUUGGAAAAACCAAACAGAUUUGUUCCAUCUUAUGAGCAGAUUAUUGAUUGGUUGAACGUGUUUGUGGACAGUCAUUUUCAACAGCUGAAGUUGUCGGAGGACGCUGCUGCUGUUGUGAACUCCUUGUAUGAUCAAGUGGUUGUUAUGGCAAAGUGGCAGCUAGACUCCAGAAUGCUGUAUGGGACAUUAGCAGAACUGAACAGACAGUUUGAAGAAAAACAAAGAAAUGUAAAAAUGGGAGAUUAUUGCAUAGAAGUUAUAUCAUUUUAAAUAAUAAAUUAUUAUACCAAAGUGUAUAUUGUUGGAUAACAUUAAAAAUUUGUUACAUACUCUA